CGUUGCAGGAGAGAGAAAGGAGAGAACCUUGGACAGCGAUGACAGCGAUUGAUGAAUUGUGCAAGCGGUCAGUCAAGCCGGCGGGAAAGGUUGGGCAUCAGUGAAGAAACACUCGGAACAACACGCUGGGACAGCGCCGACAGGGGACUCUGUGUGGCGCAGGCGCGGGACUUCAGGCCUUCUCCAGCAGCAGAACUCCGGUGAGGCUGCCCAACCGCCUGCCAGCUGUCAAUUGUACAGCGCACCAGCCUCAACUUGUCCGCCCUAUGACGGAAUCGGCGAAUCAAAAACUUGGAACUGCAUCAACUGUUUCUCCAUCUGCCGGGACCAACGCACGGCCCAUCUGGCGGCCCACCCACACCAUCCAGUCUCAACAUAGCAGCCCCACCAUCGAAAUUUUGACUGCAACAAGAGGCUCUCGAUUUUUCUGUCGCGACUUUUAAACUUUUUCUUCCCUCGAAGCACUUUCACUUCCCCAGUUCACGGACUGGCGCAUAUCGCGAACAACAUGAUGGCUUCCAUCGCCAGCCUUUCGGAAGCUGACAUUGAUCGGCUUCUGUCAGAGGCCGAAGCUCGAAUUGCAGCUAACAAUACCUCCAAAGCUGUAGCCGUCGCGGCACCAACAAGCAGCAAGGCCAUUGCCAUCACCACAACCUCCGCGAUGUCUCAGAACCAAGAGAAGAAGGACUCCUCAAAGCCUGAGAAGCUCUCUGUUCGCGUACCAUCGCUUCCUCAGGACAAGAAGAAGAAGGAAGAGAAGGACAAUGCGGGAGAUGGCUGGUUCAACAUGCCCCGCACCGAGUUGACCACAGAACUCAAGCGCGACCUUCAAGCAUUGCGCAUGCGUGAUGUUAUCGCGAAUGGCAAGCAGUUUUUCAAGAAGGACAACCGAAAGGAUUUUGUUCCUACCUACAGCCAGGUUGGCACCAUUAUUGCUGGCGCGACAGACGGUAGCAACCAACGCUUGACCCGCAAGGAGAGGAAGCGCACGAUUGUGGAGGAGGUCUUGUCCAGCUCCAACACGGCCAAGUACAAGAGCAAAUUCCACGAGAUCCAGGAGAAGAAGAUGUCAGGCAAAAAGGGUUUCUACAAGAAGCUGGUUGCUGGUCGCAAGAAGCGUUGA